CAUGAACAGAAAGGGAAACGGUCGGUUUUUUGGCCGAAGAAGGGGUGAUAAGAGCAAAGGACCGCAGCGACAAAGAAUACCAUUCUACAGACGAAAUUUUGACUUCGCAGCCAGGCCGAUUUUGUUUAUUUUCGGUUUGAUUCGUCAGAUUGCAUUCCAACUUUGGCUCGUGCUCACUUUGGUGGUCUGCAAGUCCCGAAAUUUAUCACGAGAAGGUACUUACCGUCGAAUUAGGGCUGAUGUCACAGCGGACGCUGAGAGCGCUAUGACGUCACCGGCAAGAGCAAAAUCGCCGUCCCCUGCGGAACCUAUACUGACUCAACAGAAGCACUACCACAGAAAAGCAUUUGAAUAUAUUUCAAAGGCGCUCAAAAUAGACGAAGAAGAUGCAGGGAAGAAGGAUCAAGCGGUUGAGAUGUACAGAAAGGGAAUAGAUGCCCUACAAAAAGGCAUUGCAGUGGAAGUGAACUAUGGCCAUGGUGAGUCCUGGGACAAAGCUCGCAGACUUCAAGAGAAGAUGAUCACAAACCUGGUCAUGGCCAGAGACAGACUAGAGGUGCUUGAAAAAGCAUUACUCCUCUGUGCUCAAGAGCCUCUCAUAUCAGACAUUGCUGAAGGGGUAGAUCGUAAUCCCAAUUUACGUGAACGUCGACCAGCAUCGAAUGAUGCUCAAGCACCGAGCGGCAGAGCCCAGAAACCCCCCUCUACAGGUGAGGUAAACAAGAGAAAGGCGUCUGAAGGCAGCGAAGCUGCAGCAACCAGCAAGACAAACAAACCUUUAAGACAGAAACCAAUGGCAAUACAUAAAAGUAAUUCACUUCCCAGAAGCAAUCCAAGGGCAGAGAACAAAAUAAACAGCCCAGCGGCGGCCAGAGAGUACUACAAACAGACGCCCAGACUAAACGCUCCAGGCAGUAAGAAAAAACCAGAUUUGUCCAAGAUGAAAUUAAAAAACGUAGACAAAAAUAUAGCAGAAACAAUUCUGAAUGAGAUUUUGGACACUGGACCUACAGUUACAUUUAAAGACAUAGCUGGACAGGAAGCAGCUAAAGAGGCCUUACAGGAGAUUGUCAUACUCCCAGCCUUACGACCAGAGUUAUUCACCGGGCUGAGAGCCCCUGCCCGUGGCCUCCUCUUGUUUGGUCCCCCAGGGAAUGGUAAAACUAUGCUGGCUAAAGCAGUGGCCAACGAAUCCAAUGCAACAUUCUUCAAUAUCAGUGCCUCAAGUCUCACAUCCAAGUGGGUUGGUGAAGGUGAAAAGCUUGUUAGAGCUAUGUUUGUUAUUGCUCGAGAGCUCCAGCCAUCAGUUGUGUUCAUGGAUGAAAUUGAUUCGCUUUUAUGUGAGCGAAGGGAAGGGGAAAAUGAUGCUAGUCGCAGACUGAAAACAGAGUUUCUUGUACACUUUGAUGGGGUGUCUGGGAUUGCAGGCAGUGGUGAUGAUAAAGUAUUAAUUAUGGGUGCCACCAAUCGACCCCAGGAGUUGGAUAACGCAGUUCUAAGGAGGUUUGUUAAACGUGUGUAUGUGAGGAUGCCAAACAAAGACACACGGAAGGGUAUGCUAUGUCACCUGUUGUCCAAACAUGGCAACCCCCUGUCCAGUCAGGAGCUUGACCAUAUAGCACGAUUAACAGAGGGCUAUUCAGGAAGUGACCUUAAUGCACUUGCCAAGGAUGCAGCUUUAGGUCCAAUUAGAGGUUUGUCAGCAAAAGAGGUCAAAACUGUGGAUGCAAAUCAGGUUCGAAACAUAAAGAAAGAAGACUUUGAGGAGGCCCUCAGAAGGAUUCGCCGGAGUGUUGCACCAGAUAGUUUAAAACAAUACGAGGACUGGAACUCCGAAUAUGGUGCAGUUGGUUUCUGAUUGCACCACCAUCUGCUUAAUAUUUACAUUCCAAAUUCCAUUUUUAUCAUUUUCCAUUCACAUCUCUCAUUUUGUCAGUUCUUAAUUAGUUCAUGGAAUACUUUUUAAAAAAGUGGUGUUGGGAACCUGAAAAUUCAAUAUUUAGAGUUUUGUUGCCUAUGCACAGUUCCAAAAACUUUUCUAAGUGCAUUGAUCUUGUUUUGUUUAUUGUGACAAUAUUUAAUAUCAGGAUAUUUUUUCCUGGAUCAAGGUAUUAUGCAAAGUUUUGUUUAUCAUACAGUAAUUUAUUGUAUGUCUUUUCUAAGUUUUAUAUUAACUUGCAAUAAUACCCAGGCAUUUAUGUGAGCAUCAAAACUAUUAGCUUGGCAGAGAAGAUAACAUUUUUCUGUAUUUAACAUACCUUUUUCAUGUACCUGUUUAUAGAAUUAUAUGUACACGUAUAGUACAUGAAUAACAGUUGAGUCAAAAACUGUAACCUCCAAUCAUCUAGUCCUUGAAUGUUGUAUUAAUUUUUUUUACACUAGUUCGAAAUGCAUUUACAUAUAUACAUGCAUGUGUAAUUGGAUGCUUUGUAAAAAUGCGAAACUGCUGACUAAUUGCAUGUGGAUUUUUUUUUUAUCUAAUUAUUAAAGAUAAAAAUAAACAUGUUUUGUUUGUUACUGAUAGUGAUGUGUAAAGUGUAUAAUUUUUUUCUAUAUUAAAAUGUUAUGUGUCCUAUUAACUGAAGAAUUUAAUUCCAUGAAUUUUUCUGCCUGGUUUGAAGAAUGAUAAUUAAGAGGGCUGGAUAGUUGUGGUCAUUUUUAGACUUUUUUGAUCUCCUUUAGAAGAAGAGCUUUGUACAAAGUUGUAGGGAGCUACUUAAAAAUUUAAAAAAUGUAAAACGUGUGGAAUUUUUUCUUUCUAAAUAAUAGUUUAGAUAGUGAAACAAAUCAUAUUUAAUUAAAGGUAGAUCUGAUAAGUAAUUUUUUUUUACCACACAGCCUCUUUAAUGAUUCUGUUAUACUCUAAAGUUUUUCGAAAAUAUAAUAAUGAAUUUCUGUUUAUGGAAUUGCAACUGUAAAACUGUUCGUGCUCGGUCAAAAUUUAAAGUAUUGUUCAACUAUAUUGUAAAUGAUACUAGUAGUCUUUUCAUUUAUCAUGCAAGUAAGAUCAGACUUGGGCAUUAAUUAAUUGAAAAGGGAAAAUUGUCUUAUUAGUAAGAAUCCUGAAAAAUACUCUGCAAGCAUUUUAUUGUACAGGUAGUUCAUGAUUCAGGUAAUAGUACUUGUACAUGCAGUAGCCGUGUUGAAUAGUGUAUAUUUUGAUGGAAAAGAAUUUUUCUACACGUGAUUAUGAAAAUUUGUACUUAUAAAAGAGUGGAAAUUUGUUUGCAGUUUUAAAUUAACAUUGGACCAUAUGAGUGCUUCUAUUAGUUAUAAAUUAACUUUGUCAAUUGUUACCAGAAAACGCAAAAUCAGAAGUUUUUUUUAAAAACAUAAACACCAUUAAAGGGGCACGGUCAUGAUUUUGGACAAUUUAAAUUUUAAAGACCAACCAAAAUUUGAGUGUCAGUUGUAGAGGUAUCGGUAGAUGUAUUGGCAAGACACAGAGCUUGCUUUUCUUUGUUAAGUAAACAAGGCUCGUGCCAUGUUGUUGUUUACAUUGGUUCAAUACACUGUUAAAAGUUGUUUUUCAAGCUGAUUUUUUUCUAUCUGCUAAUUUGUUUUGAACAGAACAUAAAAAGCAGUUUUUAGCAUUUUUUACAUUCAUUUUAGGUCUAAACCUGUACCAUUUCAACUCAAAAUGUAAACAAAAAUCUGAGCUUUGUUUACAUAACAAAUAAUUUAUAACUCUGCAACUGACCCUAAAAAAUUUUAUGACUAUUAGAAAUGCCUAACUGAAGCAUUGUAAACAAAAAGGGAAAAAUAAGAUUUGUCCGAAAUCAUGACUAUGCUCCUUUAAUAUGUAUGAACCCAUUACAUGUUUGAGGAGAUUGAGGCUACACAUCUUAUAAAUGUGCUGUAGGAACCACCUAGAUUUUCCUUGUACAUAAUUUUAAAAGACUGCAAGUUACAUCAUGUACCAGCUUUAUAGUAGGUUUAACAUUUGAACAGCUUUUGCCUAUAUAUAUGCCAUAUCAUAUUUGAUCAAUUUUUUUGGAAAGGCAGCAUGUUAGUUUGAAAGAUAAGAAAUAGAAUAUAAAGUGUGUGUAGGGUUAGUUUGCCAACUCUUUAUAUCUAAUAAGUAAGCAUUUGGAGUUUCCUCUUUUUCAUAUUAUGGGAAUAAGCAUUAAGUGAGCCAAUCAUGUUAAAUGACAUCACACGGCUUUCUGCUUCAAUUUAUAUGCAGGUGUAUGAUAAGCAAUAUAAACAAGAAUUAACAAAUGCAACAAACCUAGCAUCAACAGGUUUUCAGAUCUUGCUUUCUACUAAAAUAAGCUUGCAACAUCUUUGAUAUUAAUGUGUGUUCAUUGUCCAUUUUAGAGAAUAAAUUUGCGGUAUAUGAAGUUAGUUUUGUUGAUUACCAUACUUUUGGGAUGAAGAUAAAUCUAAUAAUUUGCAGAAAGUCUUAAUUAGUACUUUAAAUAGCUUUGGGGAGAGAAAAUGCAUCUACUGGUAUUCCUUUAAAUAGAAUAUUUAUUGUGAAAUCAUCAUUGUUUUUGGGGGACCAAUGUUUAUGGCUUUCGUGGGCAAACCUUGCGCACAAACUUGCAUCCCCACCAAAAUAUACACAUUUACAAGCAUUUGUUUAAUAUUUAUUAACAAAAUAAAACCUGCUACGAAAUUAUGUCCCCAUGAACCAGGAAGAUUUUGGCUACCAACGAACGUUGAACUCCCCCCC